AAUUUCUUUAUUUAUUUAUGUAAUUUAUAUAUAUAUAUAUAUAUAUAUAUAUAUAUAUAUAUAUAUGGCCUAUAUCCAUAUCAUAUGUUUCCCUUCACAUCCAAAUAAUUUUAAAACAAGCAAAAAUCCUAUUUUCCAUUCACAUUUAUAAAAUAAUUAACUAGAAAAGCUUCAGAAAAUUCCACACUCAAUCUAGUAAUUCACUAAGCGUUAGAUACAUUCAUUUGAAUCAAUUCUCCCACAAAAACAACAACGGAAAAGGGGGAAAAGGGGAAAAUACAAUCAUUUUACAAGAGCCUAACCAAAUCUAAUCAGAAUUGGAAGAAGAGCCGUAACCGCCACUGUUUUGGUUGCAGUAAAGGCAGUAGUGAUAAUCGUGAUUCGAAGCGCCGCCGCCGCCAUCGGAGUCGUCGUCGUCGUAGUAAUCGGAAUCAUCGCUGUUGUAGGCGGCGUCGUAGUGGUGGCGGUGGGGGUAGGGAGAAACGCAGAGGAAAGUCCAGACGUAGAGAGCCCAACGGCCGAGCUGCUGCAGAGGGAAACAGAUUACCAAAUCCACCAUCUCAUCGCUGCUGAUCCGCUCCGGCAAACACGCCAGCCGCUGCCACAGCUCCGCCGAUCUGGUCGCCGUCGAAAUUAACAACACACUGUUGAACGGCAUCACUCUCUCUCUCUCUCUACAUAUAUAUACACGUAUCUAGAUCAUUCAGUUUUUGGAUAAUUUUUUCUGGUUAUAUUCUGCAGAUUUGGUUUUGUGUUGAUCAUCAUUCAUUGGUUUGCUGCUUAUGACUUGUUUGUUUGGACUUUGGAAAAUGAAAAUGAAAUAGCCAAUCAAUAAUCAUGAGAGAAGCAGCGGAGGAAGGCGAAGCAUCGAAAAUGGAGGGCGCCCUGCACCCAAUGAGACUGAGGCAGCUGCUCCACUUCGCCGCCUUUCCCAAACUCAACAAAACCCACUUCAUCUUUAGGAAUGCCCGACCCGUUUCCACUACCCGCUGCUCCUCCUCUUCUUCUUCUUCUUCGCCUGCCGCCGCCGCCGUCGCUGGUGGUCGCAACCGCAGGCCUUCUUCGUCUCAAACUAAUACGUCCGACAGAGAGGCUAUUCGUGCAAUUCGAAUUAAAAAGGUGGAAGAGCUGAGGAGCAAGGGCUUAGAUGCGUAUGCUUAUACUUGGCGACGUACUCAUGCUGCGAAUCAGCUCCAAGAGAUUUACAGGGAUUUGGGAAAUGGCGAGGAGGCGGCCAGUGAAAGUGAUCGCGUAUCAAUUUCUGGAAGAAUUGUGGCCCGUAGAGCUUUUGGAAAGCUUGCAUUUUUAACAUUGAGGGAUGACUCAGGAACAAUCCAGCUCUACUGUGAGAAGGAAAGGCUACUAAGUGACCAGUUCGAACAUCUGAAGACGUUAGUUGAUAUAGGUGAUAUUUUAGGGGCAGAAGGUUCAAUUAAGCGCACUGAAAAAGGGGAAUUGUCUGUUUGUGUGACCUCAUUCUCAAUCCUUACAAAAUCUUUGCUUCCUUUGCCUGAUAAAUAUCAUGGCCUGACAGACAUAGAUAAGCGCUAUCGCCAAAGGUAUGUAGAUAUGAUUGCCAAUCCUGAGGUAGCUGAUGUAUUUAGGAACAGAGCUAAGAUAAUAUCAGAAAUACGGAAGACAGUAGAAUCUGCUGGUUUUAUUGAAGUUGAAACUCCAGUUCUUCAGGGCGCAGCUGGUGGUGCUGAAGCUAGGCCUUUCAUUACAUACCAUAACUCUCUUGGGCAAGAUAUGUAUCUACGAAUCGCAACUGAGCUCCAUUUAAAGAGAAUGCUGGUUGGUGGAUUUGAAAAAGUAUAUGAAAUAGGAAGGAUUUUCCGGAAUGAAGGCCUUUCAACUCGUCAUAAUCCUGAAUUCACCACCAUUGAGAUGUAUGAGGCAUAUUCAGACUAUGAAAGCAUGAUGAAUAUGGCGGAGGAUAUCGUAACACGUUCUGCUCUUGCAGUUAAUGGGAAACUUAUCAUUGAUUAUCAGGGUGUAGAGAUAUCCUUGGAAAGACCUUGGAGGAGGGAGACGAUGCACAAUCUUGUGAAAGAAGCAACAGGGAUUGAUUUCACCAAGUUCGAUGAUGACCUUGCGGCUGCCAAAGAAGUUGCUCUGCGGACGCUCAAUGCUGGUGGUGAUAAUCAGAACAAAACUUCAAUAGAAGCGUGUCCAUCUGUCGGUCAUGUUCUAAAUGAGGUAUUUGAGUUGGUGGUAGAACCAAAGCUAUUGCAACCCACUUUUGUCUUGGACUACCCCCUCGAAGUAUCACCGCUGGCCAAACCACAUAGAAGACACGCAGGCUUGACAGAGAGAUUUGAGCUCUUUGUAUGUGGCCGAGAGAUGGCCAAUGCUUUCUCUGAGUUGACUGACCCUUUGGAUCAGCGAGAGCGGUUGGAAGAGCAAGUGAGGCAGCAUAAGAAAAAGAAUGCAGCUUUGGUCUCAGAAGAUAAAAGCAAGAAGGUUGAUGGUGAUGACGAUGCAUAUGAUGUGAGUAUUGACGAAGAUUUUUUGACAGCGCUGGAGUAUGGGAUGCCUCCUGCUUCUGGAAUGGGCAUCGGUAUUGACAGGCUCGUGAUGCUGCUGACGAACUCUGCCAGUAUACGCGAUGUUAUAGCAUUUCCUGUCCUUAAGACUCCCCAAGUGUGAAGGAUUUUAUCAGAAUCAGGUUUGCUUUUGGAUCUGUUUUUUUCUUCUUAACCAUCCAGAGGCUACAGAAAGAGAGAGAGAGAUCUGCUUGUAGAUUUCAAGUAGAAAUUUGUCUCACUUUAGUUCAUCAUUGAAAUAUACGAUUUUUUGGUUCAGUAUUUGAGAUGCUCAAUAUUUAUAAUUGCAAGGCUUCGAUUUAUUUUAUUUUUA